CUUUGAAUCUGGAAACUAAAGAGUGAAAGACUACCAAACAAAGAAGCCCAUUCAAAGACUUCAAUUUACCCUUAAUUAUGUGAAAAAAUUUUUUACUUACAGUCUACAGAAGUCGGAGUAAACAGUCGUGGAUUGUAUAAAACAUUUGCUGGUUGAAGUUUCUUGUUCGUUUCUGUAAAUGAGGAAUGUUUAACAAGAGCGCUUGAUGCAUUGAUCAUUUGUGUAUGAUGAAAAGUGUUUGUUGAUUGAGAUGCGUCGUGAAUUUUUUCAAGAUGAACUUAAACGAAAAACAGAAAUCUUUUACACAGUUGAAAGUCCUCUGGGAAGAGUAUUCGACGAUUACAGACCUAAAGAAAAAAGAAACGGCGCUCAAAAAGUUUUCAGAUACAGUCCAAAUCUUUCAAGCUACUGAUGAGAGACUAACUUCUUUUGAUAGAAAUGAAUUAUCUAGCAUAAGCAAUCUCCUGUGUCAUGAAUUUCUCAAGGUUAUCAAUCAUCAAUGUGAGAUUUUGGAGGAUGACUUUGCCUUUGUGAAUUUUCUCAUCCAAGGCACUGGUUAUCAUUUGCUUUUAGCUAUAUACUCUCUUGCUGAUCAUGUUGAUAAUGGUAAUGCAGAAGUAUCAAACCUCCUUGUGUCGCUAAUACCUUGUGUUUUUUCUGCAACAUGUCACAUGGACGACAAUGAUACAGUGGAAAUUCUAAAGAAGCUAGCUGUGCUGUUCAAAGACCUGACAUCCGGUCAAAGUGUUUUGCCACAUCUUUAUGAAACCUUAAUAUUCAGUGCUGAUAAAGGACUUGGUGUUAUGUCUUUGUUUAUGCUAUUACUCGAUGUGUUGUGCAAACUCAACAACAAAAGUUGUGCCCUAUCAAUGGCUGAAUGCACGGUUAAUAUUAUUGAGAAACUAACAUCAUUGUUGCAAGUAUUCUCCGAACCAUUUGACAUUGCUGAUACAGUGACUUUAAAUGAAGGUAUCUUUGAAUGCUUUUGGUGUAGAAAUGCUAAACUUGUGGCCAUGUUUGCCGUUUUGUGUAUGCUUUGGAGUUUACUCUGGGGAAUGAAAUUCUGUGACAUCUUGGCUGGUAGGACUGAAUUGAGUGACUUUGUUGAAAAACUUUUGAAAAUCCUGGCAAAUCUUCAAACAAAUCCAUGGUAUGGAGGGGGACUUAGAGAAUACGAAAAUCGGGGUUCGAUUUUGGGUUUUGGAAUAUUUUUGAUGUACUCUAUUCUACGGUUUGUCUUGAUCCUGAUGACAAGUUGUCUGCCUAGAGAAAACGUUUCAAAUUCUGAUUUGAAAAGGAAACUGAACAGCAAAGUUCAAGUGUUUUUGAACAACAAAGGAUGUGAUUUUAUAAAAUUCGUUGGGGCAUCAUUGAAUAUAGUUACGAAAGAUGGAAAUAUGGAUUUUGAGCUUGAAAGCUUGCUCAAAAAGCAAGCUGUGUAUGUUUUAAAAGGAACAGGACGUCUUAUAACGUCUGUCAAACGGGCUAUGGCUGCCUUGAGAAAAAGCAAGACUGAUCGACGAUCUUUCUCUAUUUUCUCCUAUCAACCUUCACAAAUUACUUCAAGUGGUAGCCUUAAUCAAACUGUUGAUUCAAGUACGGAUGAAGAUUGGGCUCAAGUUGAAGCAACAGUAAACAUUCAUUGUUCUCUUCAUUCGAACUUAGACUGUAAUGUUGUUCAACUUGCUUUGGCGAUAUUGACUGUGUUUAAAGAAAGUUUGAUUGAGGAACUAGAGAUGGUUUGUUUGAAUAUUUUUGCCCGUUGUGGAAUGUGUCGUUGUAUGAAUAUCUCGUCUACAUCUAUUUUCAUACUUCACAGAUUGCCAGAGAGGUCGCCGGACGUUCAAAAUCUUGCAUUGCGUCUGUUUGGCAAGAUCAUGCUUCAAGAUAAUCUCAACGCGAAAGGUCAGUCGCGACGAAAAAUUGAUUCCUACUCCAACUCCACUGAUGAUGUGUUUUUGACAAACGAAAAUUAUCGUUCAAUUGAUAAUUGGCCAUGUUUUGACCGAUUGGCGUCCAUUGUGACCACAAGUGACGUGGAAAUUGUUUUGAAGACAUUAAAAUACUUACGCUCUUUGUCAAAAAUAGCAAUCGCCAAUCUUAAACAUGCUUUGUUUGUAAAAGUAUUUUUUCCUUAUCUGCUUACCAUUAACGAAAAGAAAAGGACGAACUCCUUCAAAGAAAUUUGUCAAAAUGUAGCUGUUAGCAAUCUCCGUAAUCCCUACGAUUCUGGAUAUGGAACGCCAUCUGAAUUUGAUAGCGGGAGAAAGGUGAGUAGGAUUGUGGGCGCAGAUCGAGAUUUGGCUUCAUCCGAAGAAUCAAUUAAGAUAUGUCUGAACACUAUUCUUGACCUUUUGGAGAAGGAACGUUUUCGGGUUGAGUUUAUGAACCCCUUAGCUAUUGAGUGUGUUGUUAAUUUCCUGGGUGAUCCAUCACUUCAUCAAUUGUGUUUGGAGGUCUUGAAGAUGCUUGCUGUUACACCCAAUGAAGAAACGGAAACAGCUGAUGGUAAAAGAUCAUCUACAAAAACAUUCUACAUCAAACCUGAAGACAAUUUGAUAGUUAUCAGAUUAUUUCUUAGGGCCAUGUUCAUGCUUCAACCUAUGCUUCAUACUCCAGAUUAUGUCGAGCUCAAUGACUUUGAGCGGAAAAUUCGAAACACUUUAAGCUUGCCUUGCGUAUGUCGGCAAGUAUAUCAACUUUGGGCAGCUUGUUUUCAUGUUUUGAAACAAAGUGUUUUAUUUCGCGAGGGUUUCUUGAAAUAUGGUGGUCCUGCUUCCGUUGUCACAAUUUUAAAACUCGUUAAAGAAUUUCUGUACAAAGCGAAGACACAAUCCGAGUUAAAGGGACAUGUCCUUUCAUGUGUUAAGCUUAUGGAAUCAGCAAUGGCUGUUGGUCUGGAGUUUGCUUUUGAACUUGUUGAUGGUGUCCAGCUUUGUCUUCAAAUCAACGAACAUUUGCGCAUCAUCCAACGUUUGAUUCAGAAAGAUAAACUUUUAAAAGAAAUUGCUGGGAAAACUUUUUGUCAAGCUCUUUUGAACCUUUCUAUCGGGGCGGUGGGCGUGGACGAAUCAACGAGUAAGGAAACAAAGAGCACAGAAAGAAUCGUGUUUGACUUUAUCUGUGCCGGGGACAGUGAAAGUGACAAUGAUGCUUUUCAAAUGGUAAGUACAAAGCAGUGUGCCAUGAUGGUGGCCAAAGACUUGGAACCAGGUUACGAUGCAGACACUGAGUUAGAGAUUGGUCAGAGUAAUUCAUCAAACAAGGGGAUUGGACCUUGUGUUGUAAUGAAGUCAAGAAGAAUGCGUGAUAGGCCAAGGCAACGCAAUACUGUUGUACAGCGGUUUAUCAUACAUCCAAACCUAUGUGAGCAACUUAUACAAUUUAUCGACGAAGAUAUAGAGAAUAUUGCAAAAGAUAGACCACUAGUUUUGUUCAUAUUAGAAGGACUCAGUGAAUUGGCAUCUUAUUCCGGCAGAAAUCGACAAAUCUUAAGUGAAAAGGGCUUUCUCAGUCUUGUCCUUAAGACUUUCACUCGUUGCAUGACCUCCAAAGAUGCCAGAAUUACAGUUGUACAGAAGACCGUUCUCGAACUAAUUGUCACGUUGGCUGGUCACGAAAUUCGCUGUAACGACUUGACGACAUUAUUGAACUUUCUGAAAAUUGACAAUCCGUCUUGGGGUCUACUGAUGAAGGCAUUAAAUCAAAUAACUAUGUUAUCGAUUGCUUCACAUGGUCCGUUGAAUUCAUUCGUAUUUCCUGCGAGAACAAUGGUGUUUGACGAGAAGAAAUACAAAGAGAUUGACCUUACUACUCAGCGUCCUGCGAUAGCUUCAUUGAAAAUUUCAAAAUCAAAAAAAUUUAAAACUAGUCAGACUAUCGAUCUUCUUUGUCCUCCUUGGAAAGUGAAUGUGUUUUCGUUAAACGUCAGUCAGCAUAUCCCAUGGCCCGUUGGUAGUUUUAGUUUGGCUUUCUGGUUGAAGAUUGAUGACGGGAGAUGUUCUGAGAACAGUCACGUGAAGAUCACGCGUGGAAGUCACAAAGAAGAAAAGAAUCUUUUGACGGAUUAUCUUCAAGAUGAGCUUGAUAAUAUUGUUCAUAUUGCAUCUUUCGGUACCUCAAUUGCUUGGUUUGAAGUAUGGUUUGACUUCAAAAAAUCUUCAUUAAUAUGCAGAUGGUCGUAUGAUGAUACUGUAACUGACGCGAGUAUUAGCCGAGACAUCUUGCCUGUUCAAUUCCCAUUUAAGGCUUGUGAUUGGACUCACGUUGUUAUAUCAGUUCAAGCUGGUCAGGAGGGUGAUGUCAACGGUGGCUUGAUGACAUUUUUGAUUGACGGAGCUUCCGAAACAACAAAAGAAUAUCGCUAUCCCACAAUUCCUGCGCGCAAGGUUGAUCCGCCAACGUUGUGGAUUGGUCAGCGGAGCUCUGGUGGAGAUCAUACGAACAUAAGUUCUGGCAAGCGUAAUCUUCGGCCAUAUCUGAAGCUUGGAAAUGUUGCCUUGUUUAUUGGGGAAUUACAUAGAGAUGAAGGUGGGCUGACAGCUCUUAUUUCUAAACUUCAUAACUCAUCAAAACACAGCGAUAAACGAAAAACUGUUGAACUGGAUGAAGCUGCAUUUCUGAACCUUCUUGGAGCAAAUUGCCAGGCUUUAGAAUUCCGCUUAUCUGAAGCAACAUCACAAGAUUUUAACCAUCACUUAGACAUAAAAUGUCUAGAAAGAUUACCCGAAUGUCAUGCGCAGUUCUUCGUUUGUGGUCCACAUGGUCAACCUGUGCUAGUUGAUGAACAGCGAUGGAACGAGAUCAAAGCAUCACUUAGAAAGCAGUUAUUGUUGGUUUUCUCUCCAUCUCAUCCUGACAAUUUUUUGGAAUAUAAACUUGAAGAUACAAGUUGGACAGGAAAUACAUCAAUCACUGAUAACUGCCAGACAAUUGACGUCAUUUAUAGUGCUCAAGCUUCCGUAUGUCACCGUCAACAGUUUAAAGAAACUAUCGAAAAAAUUGGUGGCAUUAGUGUUCUCUUAUUUCUCUUUGCAAAAACGGUCGAAAAGUCCGCUGACGAGAAAGCACAGGCGGACGCGCUUUCCGUUUUCUUGACAUUAGGAAAAGGAGAUGUUAGUCAUGCCAAAGAUUUGGAUUCUUUUCUUGCUUACAAAAUGAUCCUUAAAGUUUUGCUUACACCACGUUGCAUGGCUGGAAGUCACUUUGUCAAUGUGUUUAUGAAGGCUGCUUGCGAUGGAGAAGUUUUAAGAGAGACAGGUGUUAGCGACAAACCUUACUUUGUCAAUUUUAACACGACAGCAGUGAUAAAAAACUUUGAAAUUCUUCGUGAGUUUCUUCUAAACUGGCGGAUUUGGUAUCGAAAGUCUGAUGCUCCCGAGUCAUGGCACAUGAUCUUACAUGCUUUGGAAACUCUUACAAGAUUUAAUCAUCCAUAUUCCGCUUUCAACAUUCGUCAAUUUGAAACAGCUGAUGCGUUAGGUGCACUAUUACUUGGUUGUCAGGAAAUUCAGGCUGAGAAGUUGGCCUUCUCGUCCCUCACUACAAAUCUUCAUCUGAAAAUCAUUCAGAAUCUCUUCGGUUGUCCCCCAAAUCCACAAGUUUUAAAACGUAUUUGUGAGUUCCUUGUGGCCAUUCACCCGACCUAUGAAACAUUGGUUGUUCAUGCUCCAGGAAAUCUGUACCUUUCACCCAUCGCAAUUCUUGCUGACGAUAAAGAGCUACUUCCUGAAGAAAAAGAAGGAGGAGAAGUUGAAGGGAAAAAAGAAGAGCAGGAUAUUGAAAGAUCUCGUUCUGAAACAUUGUUGUCUGCCCAAUCUGUGGAUGAAACAACGUGUAUUUUCAGCUCAAGAGAUAAGCUCACAAAUGUAUCUGAAAUAGAUGCAAGUAAUAUAAUGAUCACAGUUGGACAUAUGCCAAAAAUUUCUGACGAAAGUUUGGAGAAUGAAAACGUCAUUGAAACAGAUAAUACUCAUCAAGAUCAAUUGAAACUAGCGGGUGACGUUUCUUCGUCGAAAUCAAUGUCGUCCCAGGCCACGAACUCUGGUGAUGAUUUUAUUGUUGAAGAGAACGAGUUUUCCGUUCCUCCAACCAUGACAACUUACAGAUAUUUAAAACGACAGCGCUCGGAGUUGCAAGAACAUUCCAAGUUGGAUGAACUAAGAAGUGGACUUUUAGAAUUGAUCAAUUGUAUGCUGGUCAAUAUGACGGACAUUGCUAUUGAAGGAGUAUUGAGUGAUAUUUUAAAGUUUGAAUAUUUUUUAUGUUUCGUCAACUAUCCUUUGGCCAGGGUACGAGCUGUAUCGAUACAGAUCCUUUGUAAAAUGCUGGAACGCGGAUCUCUAAAUAUGCUGGAGUCAUUUCAACAAAUACAAGGUUUUCAUUUGUUAGCCGUGCAGCUACACUUAUAUCCCAUCACUCAAGAUGUGGCCGAAGCCUGCUUCCGUUUAUUUUUUCAACAGCCAGUUUACAUCAAGGAAACUCAUUUUAUUGUUGCUAUAAAACGGGGCAGUGAAAUUACCAGGAAAAUAAACGUUCUUGCUGGAAUACCGCUGUUGGCCAUGAUGGAAGGCUCAAUUGACUCGCCAGAAAUAUUUAAGUUUCUUUCUCAAGUCCUUGUGAAACUGAUUCACACUGUUGAGAAUUUCUUACUAAAGGCUGCCGAUCAGGGCUUACUGAAGAUUCUUGUUAACACAGCUCGCGGCCUUUGUGUUUGGCGUAUCAAUAACAGUGAUAAAUCAAUGUCUCAAACAACAGCUGGAGCGAUAUUGGAUAACCUACAAUAUUUAAUCAUGGCUAUUGUUUAUGGAUCAUUAAGAAUGUGUGGAGAUCGUUAUUAUCAAAUAUUUGACGACUUGCUUUUGUCUUUGGAUUCCCCCGAAUUCAAUGAUAAAAAUCAAGGAUUAAAUCAAUUAUUAAGUUGUUGUUUGAUGUUCUUACGACAAUGUGCAAUAAGGUUUGCUUUGGACUAUAUCGAGUUUGUCAAAAAAUCUCAGAAGAAUAAUCGUCGUUGUUUAAUUCCUACACUCAGACGUACAGUCAAAAACAGUAAUGACAACGCUGAUGCCGUACGCGUUAGCUGUAAUAAUUAUUAUUUAUUUUGGCGGACAUUGGACCCACAAGAUUUUCCUGUGUUGUGGUGUAUAUCUCCAUAUGAACCUUUACCUGCUGAAGCAACACCAUCUGAGAUCACCUCUAGGUUUCAUGAUGUCUGUGUCAAAGCUGUGAAUAUGAUUUGUUAUUCUGAUACGAUUACGUCAUUGCCGUAUGAUCUUGAACUACGUCAUGCCGAUUUUAAAUUACCAUCGCAUUUUGAGAAGUACAAACCUGAAGAUUUUUGCUCUUUACUUCGUUCCAGUGAGAUAUUUACUCAAUGGAUGUUCUGUUUGUUUGUGGACUUUCUUGAUUAUGCGUUGCAUCGUGGAUCUCAGCAUGUCACAAAUAAAUGGCAAGAACUUAUCUAUCAUUCAAAGGAUAAAAUCCGACAUCUGGUUUUAUCAUCUUUCUCUCUUGAAGAUAUGUCGACUGUUUGUUUACUUGAUGUCUCCUUUCGGGAGCUGAAGAUCAAAGUCUUUGCUCUACAAUUUAUUAAGUCGCAGGAGGGAGAGUCCAUGUUUUUGAAUAUAUUACUCGGAGGAAUUACAUCCAAGCAAAAAGAGAGAACUAUAGCAUACGUACGUUCAUUCUUAAAUGAAGUAAGAGAGGAUUGUAGUAGGGAAGAAAAGGAAUUGAGGAGAACUGUUGCAGAACUUUUGAAGAAUGUCGAGGAUCAAAAGAUGGAUGGUCUCGAUGAUGAUUCGUUGAAACGGAAAGAGGAAGAGUGGACAAAGCAAGAUAUUUCAAAAAAACUUCAAUACAAGAAUAAGACAGAUAUUGAAAAGAAAAGAGUAGAACGCGAAUUAGAGCAACUCUGUGAGGGAAUAUCACGAAAUGCACUUGAGGUCACUAAGGUUUCCAUUGACGUUCAAGACAAGCAGCGACAGAACUUACUCAAACAUGUAAAAAGUGCUCUAUCAAACGAUGUUCAAAGUCACAAAUUGUGGCAAAUGUUGGUUAUGCAAGUUACCCACGAACGAGCCAUUUGGUACGAUAAAGAAUUCUUCCCACAAUCAUGGCAGCUUGAUAGAACCGAAGGACCUUGUAGAGUUCGUUGUCGUUUACAACGUUGUCAUUUGGAUGUCAAUGAAAAGUUCAUUAUGCCUGAACAUAGGAAAGCACAAUCUGUUACUGUUCCUUUAUUCUAUCUCUUUGAUGAGCCUCUUGGUGAGCCAACUUCAAAAAAUGUUCAUCAUAUAUUCAACACAACAGAUACGAUUUGGAAAAUUAUGUUGUUUUUGCACCGUUGUAAAAGCAUAAUGCCUUCGAGGAAAGUCCCCGGAGAAAUUUUGAUAGGCGAGAAAAGAGUUUAUUUUGUUGGUGAAGAGAACGAUGUUAACAUCAACACGGCACAGUUCUUUCUUGACGAUGAAGAUAUCACGUCAGUUUCAUGGUUGUUCCAACAAAUUCGUGAAAUUCUUAGACGUCGAUAUGCUCUUAAGGACAACGCUCUUGAGAUUUUCCUCACGAACGGUCGCACGUUUUUACUUGCGUUUGAAACAACAAAGGACAGAGAGACUGUAUAUAAAGAAUUAUAUGCUAAAGAAUUGCCAAACUUAGUGACGACAGAGAAUGUUGCAGACUUGACACAAAGAUGGCAAAAUGGCGAACUAACCAACUUCGCUUAUUUAACUGAAUUGAAUAAGCAAGCUUGUCGAUCCUUUAAUGAUCUUAUGCAAUACCCAGUGUUCCCUCUUGUUCUCGCUGAUUAUAAAUGUGACGUAUUGGAUUUGACAGAUGCAUCGAUUUACAGGGACUUAUCAAAACCAAUCGCUGUUCAAAAUCCAUUAAGGAUCCCGAAAUACAAAGAAACUUACAGGAGUCUACAAGAACAAUAUGACAUCACGAAGAGGCUUGAUCCUAUGAACUGUAUUCCUCCUUAUCACUAUGGAUCCCAUUAUUCAAACAGUGGUACUGUGUUGCACUUCCUUGUCCGUCUUCUCCCCUUCACGAAAAUGUUCUUGAUAUAUCAAGAUAAACAAUUUGAUGUUCCUGAUCGUACGUUUCAUGCAAUCGAAACGACCUGGAAUCUUUCUUCAUUUGCCUCUGCUCCUGAUGUGAAGGAACUUAUUCCCGAAUUCUUUUUCUUGCCAGAAUUUCUCCGUAAUUCUGAAGGUUUUGACUUCGGUGUUAGACAAAAUGGACAACGUGUUAUGGAUGUACACUUGCCUACGUGGGCCUGCAAUGAUCCUCGUUUGUUUGUUUUCAUUCAUCGUCAGGCUCUAGAGUCUGAUAUUAUCUCCAGCGCAAUAAAUAAAUGGAUCGAUCUAGUUUUUGGUUUCAAGCAAGAAGGACAAGCUGCAAUCAAUGCCAUUAACGUCUUUCAUCCAUCUACUUACAUUGGUGGAAUUGAUGCAAACAGACUUCAUGAUCCUCUGCAACGCAAAGCUGUACAGACGAUGAUUGAAACGUACGGCCAGACUCCCGCCAAACUCUUCUCUGAGCGACAUCCCGAGAAAAAACGACAAACCGUGGAUCAAUCUUCUACGAUUAGCGGAACAUUUACAGAUUUUGAUUCCUAUUCAAAGUCAAGUGUGUCUGAGCGCUCUUCACAGAGACUCGUGCAAGAUGCUCCCAGUCCAAUUUCGACUGUAUAUGGCAUAAAAUGGGGACAAUACGUUGGUUCUCCUGCCUAUCCUAGGCCUGCUAUCUGCUGGUCAUCUAAACACCCUCUACCAGUUGCACGCUUGGUGUCCCAUCCCCAAAGUAGCAUAAUUAUUUUGCCUCCAAAUUCGACUCAUCUUAUGGUUACGAGAACUCGCAACCGGACGAUGCAUAUAAUAUGGUCAGCGGUAUUGAGUUGGGAUUACGUUGACGAUAUCAUUCGCAUUUGGGAUGCCAAGAAAGGUAGCAAUGUCGGUUUCAUGGAAAACAUUGAUUUUCAUAAGGUGACAUGCUGUGCCGUAUCAGAACAAUGUAAUCUACUGUGGAUAGGAAGUUCAACUGGAUGUCUUAACGUUUGGCCGACGAGAUACGAUAGAAAUAGUGAAUGUGGUUUAGUGAUAAGUGGUCGAAAGAUUCGUUUGCAAGGGCAUCAAGCUAGUAUAAUUUGUCUUGAAAUCUGCUCAGCAUUUAGUAUUGUUGUUAGCGGCAGUGAAGAUGGAACGGCUAUCAUUUGGGAUUUGAAUAGGUUGUGCUAUGUAUGUAGUCUUUCUGAACAUCCUUCACCUGUCAGUUUGGUUGCAAUCAGUGAUACUACGGGAGAUAUUGUAACAGUUUGUCAUAAAGGUAACAAUAGAUCAAGCGUAUUGAGGCUAUGGUCAGUUAAUGGAAGAGAGAUCAAAAGUACUUCUUGUCAGGAGAAAGUAAACUGCGUUACUUUUUCUCGUGCACCAGAAGGAGUUUCGGUAAACUCUUUGGUAGCAGGCUUAGAAAAUGGUGUAGUGAGACUUUGGAAUACGUGGACGUUGGACCAUAUCGCUGAUCUCAAAGAUGAUUCAUGCCAAAGUCCUAUUGUUGACAUCACCUAUUCCCUCACCAGUCUUCAUUUGUUCACUAUUAAUACCCAAGGUAUAGUUCGAGCUUGGGGGAAAAUUGAAAAAAGCUCGUAUAGACCUCGGAUAUUGUCUGCAAUGAGGUAACAGUUGGCUUUGAAAGAAUUUGCGAAAAAGAAUAAACAUCAAAUAAUUCCUUGGUAACCUUGAUGACACCCAUGAAUUGGUCUGCAGACUGAGAGAAUCCCUACACUACAUACGUUUAGAAAGGAUUUCUCAACUUCUAAAAAAUAUAAAAGUUAUUGAUGCUUACAUGAUAAGCUGUGCACUGAUAAUGAUUCGUCAUUGCACAUUGUUGAGGCAACGAGUUUUUCUAUAUGUAAGAAGUAUAUUUAUAUUGUGUAUUUGAGGGUUACUUGCUCUUUUUGUAGGAGGCAGUAAAACAUCACUAUUUAAUAUAUUUAGUAUUUCUUGUAAUAUAGCUAGAAUCAUUUUCCUCAACAAAAUUAGAUGAUCCUCAAUAUUCUCAA